AUGCAGCUCACCAACGCCCUCCUGCUGGCCUCUGCUGCCGUCGCCUCGGCCUCGGCCAACGCUCCCUACCACUUUGUGCGCAGGCAGUACAACAACGGCACCGCCGCCGUUGAGGCCGCCGCUGUGACCCCGGCCGACUUCACCACCUCGACCGUCUACGCCACCCAGCUGCACACCAUCACUUCGUGUGCCCCCGAGGUCACCGACUGCCCUGCCCGCUCCGGCACUCCCGCCGUCGUCACCAGCAUCGUCGCCAUCAGCACCACCGUGUGCCCCGUCACCGCUACCCAGACUCCGGCUGGCGAGGCCCCUGCUGGCACUCCCACCCCGGUUGCCUCUUCCGGUGUUGAGGGCGCCACUGAUGCCGGCGCUCCUCCCGCUGGCACUCCCACCCCCGCCGUCUCUUCGGACGUUGAGGGCGCCGUCCCCUACCCUACUCCCGAGGCCCCCGUCUCCGCUGCCUCUGUGCCCUCUGUUCCCCUCGGCACCGGCUCCCCCAGCACUGCCAGUGAUGUCCAGGCUGAGACUGCCCCCGCUGGCGAGACCCCCACCGUCGUCACCAAGACCAGCGACUCCACCCUGACCUACACUCUGGGCACCGGCAAAUCGACCACCGUCGUCACCACCACCGUCAAGAAGACCAGCUACGAGACUCUCUACUCGACCGUCUACGCUACCAAGUCUACCCCGGCUGCUGUCAAGGUUGCCUCUGCUUCUGAGGGUCUCAGCACCAUCUCCUCCACCUCGACCACCACCAAGUACAAGACCGUCUACCCGGUCACUCCUACUGGCUCUGGCGAGGUUUCCGCUGAGACUGCUGAUUCCGAGGCCUCUGGCACCUGCGCCCCCAAGACCGUCACCGUCACCGAGCCCGCCAAGACCGUCACUGUGACCGCUGGCGCGACCGCUGAUGUCCAGGAUGCCGCUGCCACCUCUUCGGCUCCUUUGACCACCAGCACCGUCUACACCACCCUGAUCCAGACCACCACCAGCGCUGGCCAGGAGCACGUCGUCACCAAGACCGUCGCUCUGUACACGACCGUCUGCCCUGUCACGGCAACUGCCACCCCCUCCGCCACCGCUGAUGUCCAGGACGCUGCUGCCACUUCGGAGGCUCCCCUGACCACCAGCACCGUCUACACCACCAUGCUCCACACCACCACCAGCGCCGGUAAGGAGCAGAUCGUCACCAAGACCGUCGCUCUGUACACGACCGUCUGCCCUGUCACCGCGACCGCCACCCCCUCCGCCCACUCGGUCGCUCCCCUCCAGUCCAGCUACAGCGCCUUCUACCCCACCCCGGCCUCCCAGGACGUUGACGCCGCCGCUGUUAGCACUCCCUGUGCCAGCACUGGCUUCGUCACCGUCAAGGGCGCUGCCGCCCCCAGCGGCUUCCGCUUCCCCGCUAAGAAGUACUAA